AUGUCCGAGCCCAUGGAUAUGGACUCAGGUGCCGAAACAACACGAGGUACAAAAAGAAAAGCCGAGAAUGAACUCCCAGAAGUUACUGCCCCUAGACGUAUCAAGGCAUUGGAUCCCGAUGUAGUCAAUAAGAUUGCCGCGGGCGAGAUCAUUGUAGCUCCAGUGCAUGCUUUGAAGGAACUUAUUGAAAAUGCCGUUGAUGCAGGCUCAACAUCUCUGGAGGUGCUGGUCAAAGAUGGUGGUUUGAAGUUAUUGCAAAUCACCGACAAUGGACAUGGAAUCAAUAAAGAAGAUAUGGCGAUUCUAUGUGAACGUUUCACAACUUCCAAGCUCAAGCAAUUUGAAGACUUGACAUCUAUUGGAACAUAUGGGUUUCGUGGAGAAGCUUUAGCUAGUAUUAGUCACAUUGCACAUCUCACUGUCACGACAAGAACGAAGGAUUCGAAUUGUGCUUUUAGAGCACAUUAUGAUAGUGGACGUUUGAUACCUGCAAAACCUGGUCAAGGCUCUGAUCCAAAACCCAUCGCUGGUCGUCCUGGUACACAAAUCACGGUGGAAGAUCUUUUCUAUAAUGUACCUACACGUCGUCGUGCUUUCCGAUCAGCAUCAGAAGAGUAUAACAAAAUACUCGACGUCGUUGGUAAAUAUGCCAUUCAUUGCACGGGGGUAGCGUUCAGCUGUAAGAAACAUGGAGAGGCUAGCACCACAAUCUCAACACAGAUGGCUUCUUCUACUGUAGAUCGGAUUCGACAAAUUCAUGGUAGCGGAGUAGCAAAUGAGCUGAUUGACUUUAAAUCUGCUGAUCCCCAAUGGGGAUUUACUGCUCAAGGAUGGACGACUAAUGCGAAUUAUCAUGUCAAGAAAACAACCUUACUUUUGUUCAUCAACCAUCGAUCAGUCGAGUCAACGGCAAUCAAAAAAGCUAUCGAGCAAACUUAUUCCGCCUUCCUCCCCAAAGGUGGACAUCCUUUCACAUAUCUCAACCUUGAGAUCGAACCUCAUCGGUUAGAUGUCAAUGUUCACCCCACGAAACGCGAAGUCAACUUCCUCAACGAAGAAGAGAUCAUUGAGAAAAUAUGCAACGAUAUUCGAAUAAAACUUGCCGACGUAGACAAAAGUCGAAACUUUAUGACCCAAACCCUCCUUCCCGGAGCUCAAGCGCCACUGGUAGCCGACAUGCUGGAUCCCGUCGCAUUCGCCGCGGCGGAUAAAGCCCGAACCACUAAUAGGCCAUAUGAAAACAAUCUUGUUCGCACCGAUGCCAAACUCCGUAAAAUCACCACUAUGCUGCCACCCACUUCCAAACCUACAACAACCGCGAACAGAGAAGUCACCCCCAAUCCUUCUGGGAGUACCAUAGCCCCCAACUCUCAAGAUAUAGAAUACACCCACUCUGACCGCGAACCAAUCAUAUGUCGCCUCAUGACCAUCAAAGAGCUCCGCACCUCUGUCCGCGACUCUAUGCACAAUGAGUUGACCGAAAUCUUCGCCAGCCACACCUUCGUUGGUAUAGUCGAUGAGCGUCGUCGUCUUGCUGCCAUUCAGUCUGGUGUAAAGCUCUUCCUUGUCGACUACGCCGCUAUAUCGUCUUCCUUCUUCUAUCAAGUCGGCCUUACUGACUUCGGCAACUUCGGGGAAAUUCGUUUCAAUCCCCCAUUAUCCCUCGCCUCCCUUUUGACUCUCGCAGCCACCCAUGAAAAAGCCACUCAGCCCCCAAAUACAUCCCCAGAAGAUGAUUUCGAAGUCGAAGACCUGGUAGAGAUUGUCUCUGAACAACUCAUCUCCCGCCGCGAGAUGUUGCAGGAGUAUUUCUCGCUCUCCAUUACCUCGGAUGGCCUUCUCGAAGGAAUUCCCCUUCUCCUCAAGAAUUACACACCCGCUCUAUCUAAACUUCCGCAAUUUCUCCUCCGUCUAGGUCCACAUGUAAAUUGGAAUGAUGAGAAAGAAUGUUUUUCCUCUUUCCUCCAAGAGUUAGCGAGAUUCUAUGUCCCAGAACAAUUACCCCCAUCGCCCGGUCCCGAACAUCGAGAAGAUGAUCAACACAAAGAUGGCAGCGAAACACAAAAUCACACAACAUCCAUCUCUCCCGAACUCAAACAACGCAGAGAUGCAGUGAGGAAAAUGGUCGAAGAUGUGCUGUUCCCAGCUUUCCGCUCUAGGCUACUCGCAACGAGAGAGUUGAUGGGGGGCGCGGUUCUCGAGGUGGCGAAUCUCAAGGGGCUAUAUCGCGUUUUUGAACGCUGCUGA